AUGUUGAGGCCGCGAAGCACUUGGAUUGGUCAGUAGUAAAAAUGGAGCCUCGUGAUUGAAUAAAGCUGCAGGGCCGCGGGGAUUUUGCGUAUGUCUCGCUACUUGCUCCGCCAUGUUCCGCGCAGAGACAGACAGACAGACGGAAUACGGCUAUAAUUAUAGAGACUUUCCUUUGACGUCAAUAUUGCUCUAACGUCAAAGUUUGGUAAUUUACAGAACAAAUUUAUAGACGAUGUUUUAUAGACUUUAUCAAAGAAAUUUUAUCCAUUUUGCCAAAGUCACAGACAGAACUGGCGUAUUACUAUAUACCUAUAGAUUUCUAUUUUUUGCAUUCCAUUGGAUCAAUUGACUUUCAGUCAUGAAAAAGCAGCGUUUGUUUAGUUUCAAUGGAAGUAGCUAAGCUGAAACAUAUCUUGCCAGGAUUUAAAUCCAAACCUUGUGACUAUGUUUUAAUGUAAUGAUAACAACCAAUCAUUCCGGAAUAACGUGUAACAAUGAGACUGAAUGUUAAUAGAUAAUGUUAUAUUAAUAUGAACUAUUAAUUGCUAUACAUUAUUAAAAUAUGGACAUGAAAACCGAUGAACAAAUGCGCACUUUUUCCAUGUUUGAUUAUUAGAGUUCGAACAAAAUUGCUAAGAAGUAUCAGUACAAAAGGAUGUUCAUUUAGGCUAGGUAUUAGUUGCGAAUGCGUCAAUAUUAUUGGCAAUAUCGAAUGAUUCAAGUAACAACAAAUAUAAUUAACAUAUUUUUGUACUCCUUUGAUAUUGAGCUGAAACGAUUUAUUAAUCUGAAAGGUAAUUAAAUAAUCAGUGGUAAGUUAAAAGAAAGAAAACAUAUGUAAUAAGACAUAACGCAUGAAGACGUGAUACUUGAAAGAGCAAAAAUAUAACACGCAUCAAAGUAUAAAAACGAUGAGCGGAAAGAACAACGUAGGAAAACUUGGAGAUGUGAUGAUGGAGGAUUGGAUGAUCAAAUCGCCUCCAGUUGAGAAACUUAAUCAGUUACAAUCUUGGCGAAGGCGAUAUUUUGCUUUGCUUCAUAUAAAUCAUAAAAACACUGUGCCUCAUAAAUGGUCAAAAAAGGGGUCUAAAUCGUUAGAAAAUUUGCACGAUGUGUAUUUGGUUUAUUGGAAAGAUGAUAAGGAUCGAAAGAAUGGAGUAAAACCUAUAGGAACAAUACCGAUUUUUAAAACCUACAGUGUUAGCGAAUGCAAACCACCAAAUUUUGAAAAGACACAUCAUCAUGUUAUACUCCUGGACACUAUUGAAAGAAAGUUUUAUCUUUGCGCUGACACAGAGAAAGCUAGAAAAAAAUGGAUUAAAGAACUGUCGAAUGCAAUCGAGUCAACACUACACGUAGAUGCUAAAAAUUCAUCCAAAGAACCUAUAUAUGAAGCGAUUCAAAAUAUUAUGAGCGAACCGACGUACAAUGCAAGUAGAAAUUCAAGCAGUGCAUCAAGUCGUUCCUCAACAUCAGACGAAUUUGAUCAAAGUAGAAGAUUAACUGAGUACAGCUUGUACGAGGAAAUGGGUCCUUGUGUAGAACGGAAAGAAAAAGAGCAACGACCGCGAUCACGCACUGAGGGGCCUCCACGUGUUCCUCCGAGAGAAAGUGGAAAGCAACUGCGACGUCCUCGAAGUUUAGUUAUCGACGAAUCUAUUAGUAAGAAUGACAAUGCGCAUGACUAUACUGACAAUGGUCAUGACAAAAACAACCACUCGAACAGAAGCCCAGCGUCAAAGACUGUAGCAAACGAAGACUUCGAAACUAUUGUUUUUUUAGAUAUUAAAUUGGAGGUUCCACAUGCAACUUCCAUUGAAUAUUCAGAAGAUGGCUUAAAGGUGACAACACCCGAUUGCCAAUGUGUUUUUUCAAAAAUCGAAUAAAAAUUAGAACAAGGCACCAAAAAAUAAAAGGGAAGAAAUUAGAAAUAGAAAAACGGCGCGUCUGUACACAAGAUGUAGUUUUAAGAAAUGACAGGACUAAGUACGGCGAAUAGAUAAAACAUUUUUAAAUUCGUUGUUAGCACAAAAGCCGGGCCAUUUGAUGAUAUAUUGACCCUGUGUCCGUCUUUUUUAUAAGAAAUGUCAACUUAAAAUGAAAAUUAAAUAUAGCGAAAGAAGAAGUGGAAUAAAAAAUAUAUGGUAAUUAUCUUAUUUAAAUAUUUUUAUAAUAUUUGAAAUUAUAUUUAAAAAAAAAAUUGUAAUCCAUUUUUGUACAAAGUUAUUUUUUGUCUUUAAACAUGUAUAUAGAAUGGCACAUGUAAACACCGUAUAUGCAAGUAUAAAUACUAAAUAUUAUGUUACUACUAUAAUGUGAGGUAUGUUUUAUUACUGGCAGAUUUUAGGAUUUUUUAACCAUCUCGUAUAUUGCACGUUGGGAUCCCAGCUAAUUAAAAGUCUGAAAGCUUGAAACCUCAUACUGCAUUUAUGAAAUAACCUCACGAUAUCAUAACAAUGGGAGAGGGUAAUAAGAUCACAAAUCAGUUAUAUUAGAGUGUUUUCAUGUCAAAAUUCAGGUUGAUGACAAGGUUGAUCAACGUUCUUCUGGCGCAUUACCAAGUAGAUAAAUAUGGCUCCUGCCUUGUGCUCUUAUAAAAGCGCAAUUAGCAGCGGAUUUAUGAAUUAAUGCCAGGGCUUGUUUACCUGGUGCUUUUAGAAAAUUAAAAGUCUGAAAGCUUGAAACCACAUACUACUUUUAUGAAAUAGCCUCACGAUAUCAUAACAAUGGGAGAGGUUAAUAAGAUCACGAUUCAGUUAUAUUAGAGAGUGUUUUGAUGCCACAAUACAGGUUGGUGUCAAGGUUGAUCAACGUUCCUCUGGCGCAUAACUGGGCAGCUAAACCGCUUCUGCAUCGUACGUUGGUGUUUGUUAUAAGAGAAACAUUGGCAGUGGAUUAUUGAAUAAAUUUUAGGACUUUUCCAAUUAGGGUACUUUACGGGCUAAGAAGGACCCAGGACCCUAAAGAAAUACUUAGAAACAAAACUCAGAACUCGGAAGGAGGGAUCGGGACCCAGGACCGUAAAGGGGGCACAGGUGAACGUAACUGAAUAAUUUUUGGGCUGAUCUUAAUGAAUUAAGCGUGAAGUCUUUCUUUUGUAAUUUUUUACGUAUUUAGUAGUUACCGCACAGUGCCGAGAAAGGGAUGGAAAAUAAUAUUUUAAGUUGUGACGUUUUCCCUUUCAUAUUUUUCGAGCUUUUAGGCGAGUGAAAUUAACAAGUUUAAAUUCAUUAUAUUUUUUUCAAUUUAUGAUGGUAUGACGACUCCAGUCGAAUAGAGAGGUCAAGUUUGCUCACUAGACCUGCUGUUUCCAUAGCUACUUCGAUAGCAAGCUUUGCAGGUGAGUGUGAUAUUUCUUUUUCAUGUCUUCCUUGUUAUACAUUUACGCACAUUACACCAAUAGCUUUAGGCUGAUCCUGACCCAAGACUGGGGCGUCUAUUUAAUUUUCCGAGUUUUGAGGGGGCGUUUAUUAGAGGGAGGCGUUUAUUAGAGGGAGGCGUUUAAAAGAGGGAGGCGUUUAUUUAAUUUCAGUUAUAUUUCUUUUACACAACAGUUAAAAAAUCAUCUUCUUCAUCUUCAUCUAGAAGAUUACCAGGAUCAUUUGCAUCCUCGAUGUCAGAAUCGGUAGGUUCGAAUGGGUUAAUUUCAUUAGCAUCGGUAUUAUUUACCACCUUAGUUUGGUCUUCCAAAACUGAUGCACCGGCAGAACAAGGUUGGAUACUUUUGAAGCAAUGAAUCUUGUUGUCUGCACUUCCGUCGUUUUUUAGAUUUAGGGCACAACCUUUAAAUGAAUCAAUGAUGAGAUCUUUUUUUAUCAUUUCCCAGGCACGUAUAAUCCAUUCUACAACUGUGCAUCGGGGGGCUUAUUUCAUGUUUCCUCCUACCGUGUAUUGGUGGACACCAUUAGCCACCCGUUCAUCGUACGUAUCAGAAUUAAACCCUUUAAACGGUUUAUUCCAGUACACAUCUGGGGCCUGAAUAUACUUUGUACACCCACCUGGAAUUAGAGCACUUUCGACUUUCAUUUUUUUCAACGAAACUUUAACCUGUCGGUCAUGUGAGCUUCGAAUGUAUCGCACACAAGAAGUUUUUUACCGAAGGAGAAAGAUCCAACAACUUGUUUGCACCACUGUAGUGUAAGUUCCUCGUUCAUCCAACCAUUGCCUAAUGAUGCAACGAUACAUUUUGUUUUCAUUUAAUGCAGCUGACUCUCGUUUAGCUCCGGAAAAAACGAUAUAUGGUUUCAAUUUGAUACCGUCUGCUUUGGCAGCUAGACAGACAGUAGUGCGAACCUUUUCAUGACCAGUUGUUUUGAGCAUAACAUCUUUUUGACCAGUUUUGUUGACUAUAGUACUGCUUACCAUAUCUGCCCAAACUGGUGUUUCAUCCAUGGCUAUGAUAUUGGAAGGGUUAAAUUCAGCUUUCAUAUUCAAUCAACGAAUAUGGAUGACGAACGCUACCAACUUAUUGAACUUAUUUAUAAGUUGCGCUGGGUCUUCUUGGGCCAUUGCUGUUCGCCGUCUGUAAAAGAAGGUAUGUAAAAGUUAAUACAAAAAAAACCCAGCUUAAAAUUUUUCGGGGAAGGGAAUUGAUAUAAACAGUAUGCCGUAAAAAACACUGUGUUUUUACAUGAGUACAAAGGUAUUAGUGAGCAGCAAACCCGUUCUAAAUUAACGUUUUGGUUCAAAGUAGAGCUCACCUGCACAAGAGAUGAUUUCUUGUCAUAAAUUUCUGCAACCACCGACGACUUGCAAUAAAUGAAUCUUUCAAUUCGUUAUCUUCUCUGCAUGUCUCGUCAAACAUAGACUUUGCUUUAAACAUGAUGAGUUUACGAGAAACACAAAGCAUAUUACCACGCCGUUCUAGUAUCCAUUUUAGAAUAUCAUCCUCUAGUUGUUGUUCAGUUAACUUUCUACCACCACCCUCGAGCCUCUGACGUUUGCCUUUCAUAACAGCAAUUUUUUCCUUGUUUUGACGCCAUUCUCGUACUCUUUUUACCUACAUCUUGAAUUUCAAUGCAGCACUUCUGUUUGAAUUUAUUUCUGUAAACGUUAUAAGUUAUAACGUUUACAGUUUUUUAAGUUCCAUAGAAUAUGUAUUACGUUCCUUUCCCUUGUGGGAUGUUUCUUGUGAAGCCAUUUUUGAGAAAGAAAGUUUCGAAUGUUUAACGGGUUUAAUGUUUACAAACCAAACGGAUUUCAUGUGUGUUGGACGAGCAGCUACAUCAACGAAAGGACACUUACAAAAC